AUGUCAGGAGUUCGCUCGAAUUCGUUUUCUUCUCAGUCAUUUGAAGACUGGCGGGACAUAAAUUUCGACAUCGUGCAGCAUCUUGACUUUUUUCAGCAACCGAAAUCUUCAAGUGCGACAUUAUUGAGGCAAUUUCAAGUAAAAAAGGCAGCCAUGCAUCAACGCGCGUUAGAAUCUCUAAAAAACUAUAAUAUAAGCGUUGACCAAGCAGAAACUGCAGCAGAAAAGCUAAAACAGCAAAUUGAAGCAAAUCCACCUGUCACUCAGACUAGUAUUGAUUUUGAUAACAACAACGAUAUAAUGAAAUUACGACAAUUACAGUUCUUGAAGAAAUACGCUUGGAAAAAUCAAUUAAAGCAACAACAAAAAAUUAUAAUGUUUUUUGCAACGAAAAAAGCACAAAUACAGCGACUAACACAAUUCCUUCUUGGAAAGUCUGUUCCAUCCCUUCUUGCUAUUAAAAUUAAAGACUCCUUUUACGAAAUGGACCCUGGCGAAAAUAAAUAUCAGAAACGAAACGAAAUAAUACACACAAAAAUUAAACUAAUGAAACAGGAAUUAAGUAAAGUACCUUAUCCUCUCUGGGUUACGAAUUUCGAAGAAUUUUUCUCAAAACUUGUAAAUCAAGCAGCUCAAGUCAUAGAUCCGGAAUUAUUCUAUUUCGGAUUCAUACCAGAUGAGAUAAACAUAUCCCGCUACUUAUUUUCUUCGAAUUCUAAGAACGGACGCGCAAUAGAUUAUUUUAUCGCAUUAAACUCACAGAAUUCAUUUUCCGAGUUCUCAGAUAAAAUCAUUGAAUUCUGUGCCGCUCUAGUACCUCAGCAAGCUUGUACUACGCCUAAAGAUCAGUCGAUAUCUUUAUUACUCUUCUUCAGAGCGAUCAUGGAUAGAGUUUACGAGACCAAUACAGCUUUAUUUAGUACCAGCGAAUUUUACGCCAAAUACCCAGAAAUACAUUCUACGAAAAUGUCAGGAAUGACAUUGCCAAAAGGGAUGUCUCCUCCAGGCGAUAUGGAAGAAUCAGCCAGGGAGUGCUUCUUGAGGGCUCCGUUGUAUAGAAAGGCCUCGGAGACUUUUCUUUUGUCAUUUUUCACCGUUAAUCCGAUUGACGGCUUAUAUUAUAUACAUGUAACGAUGUCUGAUAUCCAUCGCGCUGCUAUAUCAGCACUGGUUGGUCAUGAACCAACUCCGGAUGAAUUAAAACAGAUUCUCGGGUUCGAUGACUUAUUUAGCCUGUUUUUCGGCGUUCUACUGGCUUCGGAUUGCCCGGAUCCGUUCCAGGUGCAUUCUAUGAUGAAGACGUUCGCGCCGAAAUCCUGUUUAUCUCCUAUGUUUGAAUACGCAAAUGCAAAUUUAGAAGCGUUAGUUUUGCAUUGCGGAAAGUUAUGUGCUUGA